CUUAAUUAGUAUGACGGUUUAAACAAUAUUAUUUUAAUAAGGUAAAUAGAACAUGAGUUAAUUGCACUAUUUUUUUUUUUGGUAAAAUUUGUAAGAGUAAAAUGUAAUUAUAAAUCUUGGGCGCAACUUAGAUGCUCUAGGGAUCUGCACCUUUACAACCUCGAUCGAAAUAUCCAAAGUCAACCCUUUAUAUAUACCCUAUAUUUCCUCUUUGUAGUGUGUACACACUUUCAUCUAGUCUUCUUGCUUGCUGGUUUAGUCUUAAAUUAGCUCAUAAAUGGGGAUCAAGGUCUAUGGCAGCGAUUAUCCAAUAACACCAAACGUGAUGCGAGUAUUAGCCGCUGUCUACGAGAAGGAGUUGGAGUUUGACUACGUUCCACUCGACAUGAAGUCCGGUGCUCACAAGCAGAUGCCUUAUCUUUCCCUCAACCCAUUUGGUCAAGUUCCGGCUCUUGAAGAUGGAGACAUCAAGCUUUUUGAAUCAAGAGCAAUUACAAGGUACAUAGCAAAUGAAUAUGAAAACAAGGGAACUCAAUUAUUAACCAAGGAUACAAAAAAAAUGGCACUUGUAGAAGUUUGGGUAGAGGUGGAAGCCCUUCACUUUGACCCAGUGGCAAUCAAACUAGGUUGGGAGCUUGUUUAUAAGAAGAUAUUCGACAUGGAACCCGACAUGGCUGUAGUCGAAGAGAACAAGGCUAAGUUGGCUAAGGUCCUUGAUGUUUUUGAAGCGCGGUUGACUCAAUUAAAGUACUUGGCUGGUGAAGCCUUCAGCUUAGCUGAUCUAAAUCAUUUGCCUAUUGUACACUACUUGAUGAACAGCCAAGUUAAGCAGCUGUUCGAGGAGCGUCCUAAUGUGAGUGCUUGGUGCAAGGAUAUCUUGUCUAGGCCUUCUUGGAUAAAAGUUGUGACUUUGCAUGAAAAGCUUAAGGGAUAGAUUUUGCUAAUAAUGAUGAAAUGUUACUGUAUAUUGAGAGCAUUAUAAUAAUUCAUGUCACAAAUAACAUGUGUUUUACU